AAUACAGACGCUGUGUUCGUGGCCAGAGGGCCAGCCCGCGGGCGUACCUGGACUGGCCGCGGUGCAGGCGGCCCUGGAGGACAUGGGCGACAAGCCCCCCGGGUUCCGGGGCUCCCGAAACUGGAUCGGCUGUGUAGAGGCCAGCCUCUGCCUCACUCACUUCGAAGGGCCUCAGGGGCGCCUGUGCCAUGUGCCACGUGGAGCGGGGAUUCGGGGGCAAUUGGAGAGGCUCUACUCCCAUUUCUCAGGAGGUGGGGGCCCUGUGAUGGUGGGGGGGGAUGCGGACGCCCAGUCCAAGGCUUUGCUGGGAGUCUGCAUCGGGCCAGGCACGGAAGCCUAUGUCCUGGUAUUGGACCCUCACUACUGGGGCCCUCCAAAAAGCCCCAGUGAACUACAGGCUGCUGGGUGGGUGGGCUGGCGGGAGGUAAGCACAGCCUUUGACCCGAACUCCUUCUACAACCUGUGCUUGACCAGCCAUGACGCCGAAAAGCAGCAGCAUGCCCUGGACUGAGGGUAAAGGUCCCAGAACUGAGACUCGCUCCUGAUCCCAUACAUGUGCUCC